AUGAACUGGACCGACGGUGCGACCCGUGCCUUAAUAAAUAUUUGGGGGGAGGACAACAUCCAACAGGGGCUAGAUGGAACUCGGCGAAAUGCGUCCACAUACGCAGAAAUAGCCAAAAAAUUAAAGGAAUGUGGCUAUGAUUUCACAAGCAAGCAGAUUAUAAACAAAUGCAAGAAUCUACGGAGACAAUACACUGCAGCAAAGGACGCUAACAACAAGUCCGGAAACCCCCCUUCAGAGUGGGUGUACUUCGAGGAGAUGGAUAAGAUUUUUGGGGAACGCCCGGUAAGCAGACCUAUCCACAUUCUAGAUGGAAUGGACGCCUCAACGUUCCAGGACGAGAAUGAACCAUCAGUGUCUGAUGAAUCAAGUGUUUUGGAUGGUGCAGGAAACGAAACAGCAGAGGAGGACAAUCGAUUAACAACAGUAAACUAUCCACUCCUUCAAAACAAACCGCGCGAAUUGAGCGGAA